AAUCCCAAUAUGAAAUUAUGUGUUAUUGAUCAUUUGUGCGUAUGAGAAAGUAUACUUAGAAACAAACGCGUAAUUUUGCCUUUCCGUGUCGUGUUCCAUUUUUCCACGGGUCAUAGUUUUCGUGCACACCGGUCACGCGAGAUGAGAAUAUGGCGAAUACAUUUUGUGCUAAUUUUACAAAGUGAAAAUCACAUCUUAUGGCGAGGAAGAAGGUGAAUCCGGCCAAAGCGAAGAAGACAUCUGGCUCACCAGCGAAGGUUGAGAGUAGAACAUCCAAGUACAGGAACUAUGAUCUUCAGGAUGUGGAGAACGCCUUCAAGGAUGUCAUGGAAAACAAAAUGUCCAUCCGCUCAGCCGCCAUUAAGAAUGGUGUUCCUGCAUCCACCCUCCGAGACCGAGUUCAGGGGAGGAUAAAGGUCAACACUGUUCACUCGGGACCACCCCCGUUCAUGCCGAAAGAAGAUGAAAGGUCCUUCGUGAAACACAUGUUGAGGCUGAAGGCAGUGGGCUAUCGUUACCGCCAGAUUGACAUUGCUGAUGGAGCUGCAGAUUAUGGACAUUACUAUGGUAAGAGGGAUAUUUCUGAAGGACCAAUGAGUCGCGGUUGGAUAAAGAAGUUUGUGGACAGACAGAAGAAGAAGAUCACGUACAUGGAGUAUCACUUCCGUGCAAAAUGUCCUUUCCCGCCUGUAAAUGUACAGAAGAAGUAUUAUGAAGAGCUGGAGUCCAUUCUUGACAAGAACAAUCUGAAGGACCGACCACAUUUAAUAUAUAAUCUAUCUGAAACUGCCCUUACAUUAACCUAUGCAGAUGAGCCUCAUGAACCUGAAGCUACCAUCCUCAGCUGUUUCAAUGCCUUGGGACUAAAGCUCCCUCCUUUCUUUAUCUUCAAGGGAAAGAAACCCAAUGCCAAACUAACCAAAGGGGGACCAGAUGGACUUGGGGCAGUGAUGUCUGAGUCCGGGGCCCCCAACAGUCGAAUCAUGCAACACUACCUCAAGGACCACUUCCUGAAGAACCUUGAAGCAGAUGAAGAGGAUGAAAACACUCAUGUUCUCCUCCUUUAUGAUGGCCAUAGAUCUCGUAUCCUCUUCCCUGUGAUCCGAUGGGCUCUGGAGCAUAGGAUCAUCCUCUUUGUCAUCCCGCCCCAUUGUACAUACACUGUUGAUCCUCACAAUCUUGCCAACUUCAACCCCAUGGACAUAUGUUUCCAUAAGGAAUGUUCCUCCUAUCUUCUGAAGCACCAGGAUAAGACGGUUGACCGGUUCAAUAUCUGUAGAAUUGCCAGCAAGGCUUAUGAGAAAGUGUUCACUACUCCUGCAAUCAUUGCUUCUUAUCAUGAAGCAGGAAUCUAUCCCUACAAACCAAAGAUUCUUCAUCACCUGCCAACAGCAAGGCAUCAAGAAGGCACUCUCAGGAGAAGAAAGAGGAAGCAUGCAAGAGAAAUUAAGAAGGAACCUAAACAGUCUAAGAGGACAAAGGUGUCUAGGGAGGACUUUGAUGAAGAAGAUGAAGACAGCUUGUUCGAAGAAGAGUCAAGUGACUUUGAAGUUGAUUCAGAUAUGGAGGAAGAUGUCUCGGGGCACAUCUCAAGAGCUGCUGAUCGUGAUCACAGUUAUGGGACAUGUAGCAGUAAUCAAGAGAAUGAUGUUGAAAUGGCUUUGGAAGAAGCAUCAGGACAUAGUGAAGUCGCUGACAGACAAACAGUUCUAGUCCAACCCCAUGAAGAAAAAGACUCAAAGACGGGAAUUAGUGAUGUUCCAGUUGGGGAUAUUGUGGAGGAGGUUUGCAUCCAGAGUGGUGAAGUUGCUGUUGCUAGUCAGACACCGGAAUCAGUUAUGAAUAAGAGAGAAAUGGCUGUUGGUGGGGAUCCUGAAUCUGACCCGGGGCUGACGUCAGAAGUGAUUAAGUUAGACACUGACAACAGUGGAGUUCUUGUAACGCCAGCAGGUAGCUCCGGGAAACAUGACUACAUGCUUAUAAGACCUAAGGCAAAACAUGAUGCCCAUUUGAACACAGCAACAGAAGGAUUGCUUGAUCCAGGAGGACAGCUGGUGGACACUCCGAAAGCUUUAGUGAAUGUGGAUGGUCAGGACAUAGUGGUGACAGUUAUUGAAGUAAGUCAGACACUUUAUGAUCAAGUCCUGGCUGGGGGGAGAUGUGGUCCUCACAGAGAGCACAGCUAGCGAGGAAGUGCUCAAGGAGAACACAGUUGGAGAGGAGAUACUCUCUGAGCAAUAUGUAGAAGGUGUUAUUAGCAAGGAAGUCCCCACUGAGGACGUAGUGAGUAAAGACAACUCUAGUGAGGACGUGUUCAACACAGAUGCUCCUACUGAGAACAUAGUCAUAGCUGCUGAGGACACAACCAGGCAGACGGUUCUAAAUGUUAAAUUUCAGACGGAAGAAAAACAGGAACCUGUCACUGAUAGAGUGAAGACUGAACCUGAUUUGGUUUAACUCAAUCACUUUGUAUUUAUUAAAACUGCAGACAUGAUUAUAGUGUUCAGAAGUCAGUAAAUAAUGCUGUCUUUGCAGUGCCCACGGACACUUGAACAGGACCACAUUGAACCUUAUGUAUUGUUUGUGAUGUGUUAAUGAUGAUGGCAACCUUGCCAUCAAACUGUUUAAAUCAAAAUAUGUCAUGACUCGGAGCAUUCUGGGUUUAAACUAGAGUUGGGAGUUGGUUGAAAUCUCACAAUUGAUGAUUGCUUCAUUACCAACGAACAAUCAUCGAAAAAAAUUAAUUAGCAUCAUU